UUUUGAUGAUGAAUCAAUACCGGUACGUUGGGCUUCAUGGAAUAUUUUCCAAGCACUUAAAGAUGAAAAUAUUAAAAAAGUUAGAUUAAUCGCACAUUCUGAGGAAAAAGAUGAAUACGACGAAGCCCUUCUUAGGAAACUUGAGGUUUACACAUUUGCAAAUAUUUCUAGAGAGUUUAUAAAUCCAAAAGGCUUGAUUAAAUGCAUUGAACAUUAUGCAAAUGAAGAUGAUUUUAUUGCUAAGAUGGGCGUCCUUCGUGAAAUUUGUAAUCCACGUUUUCAUGGAAAGGUUUUUAUUAACAAAAAUGCUAGGGGUCAUCUUUUCAAUAGGUACUAUAGCCUUAAUCCUGAUGAUUAUAUAUUUUAUAAGAGACCAGUUGAAUGCAUUUCUGAAUGUGAAAAAGGUGAAAACGCUGAAAAGCCCUCAUUCCUAAAUUUAUAA